CUCUGAACAGAAAUCACUUGCAAUGGAUACACAUACAAACAUGUACAAUGAGAAUUCAUCAAAACCCCAUGUUGCAUUCAUUUCAAGCCCUGGAAUGGGUCACAUAACCCCUCUUCUUGAGUUUGCCUUUCAUCUUGUCACUCAACACAGCAUUCAAGUCACUUUUUUGGUCAUUACCAUCGGUUCGAGUGAUGCCCAAAACAACUACAUCAAAGCUUUAAGCCCCCAUCCUGACUUGCAUAUCGUUGACCUCCCGCCUGCUAACAUGUCUGGCAUCCUCACCGAUGACAUGACUGCGGUCGCCCACCUAUCUCUCAUUGUUCAAGAGUCCAUCCGCCCGCUUCACUCUAUGUUAUUAAGAUUGAACCGAACCAAAGUACUGACAGCUAUGGUCAUUGAUAUCUUUUGCACCCCCGUGUUUGAAGUUUGUAAAGACUUGUCUAUUCCGAUUUACUCAUAUUUCACGGCUUCAGCAACCCUUUUGACGUUCUCUUUGUAUCUUCCUACGUUGGACCGUGAAGUGGAAGGCGAGUUUAUGGACCUACUAGAACCUGUUAAGGUACCAGGUUGUAACCCGAUUCGAAUCCAGGACUUGUUGGAACAAGUUAGGGACAGAAAGAUCGAUGAAUAUAAAUGGUAUUUGUUGCAUGCUAGUAGGUUAUCUAUGGCUAAAGGAAUAUUUGUAAAUACUUGGGACGAUCUUGAACCUGUACCACUCAGCGCGGUAACACACAAAAGGCUCGACGAAUACAUUCCAACGCCACCAGUUUAUCCUAUUGGACCGCUGACAAAACAGAUGGAAGUGGUUGCAAGUGAGGACGAAAAAGAAACUAUUGGGUGGCUUGACAAACAACCAAAAGACUCGGUUCUGUUUGUAGCACUCGGAAGUGGUGGGACACUAACAAGCGAACAACUCACCGAGCUAGCUUGGGGUUUAGAACUUAGUCAGCAACAUUUCAUUCUUGUGGUGAGAAAGCCGAGUGACUGUGCUUCUUCUGCGCUUUUCAGCUCGGGGUGUGAGUCACAUGAUGACCCGAGAUCGUUCUUGCCAGAUGGGUUUGUCGAGAGAACAAAAGGAGUAGGGUUGGUAGUGAGCUCAUGGGCACCGCAAGUGGCAGUGCUAAACCACCCAUCCACAGGAGCAUUCUUGUCUCAUUGUGGAUGGAACUCGACGCUGGAGAGUGUUUUGCAAGGUGUCCCAAUGAUCGCUUGGCCAAUGUAUGCGGAGCAAAGGAUGAAUGCAACAAUGUUAAGUGAUGAGGUAGGGGUCGCGGUGAAGAUGCCGGUCGUGGGUGAAGCUGGAGAAACGGUCGUGGUGGGGAGAGAUGAGAUAGAGCGGGUGGUGAGGAUGGUCAUGGAAGGUGAAGAAGGUAAGAAGUUGAGAACCAGGGCCAAAGAGCUCAAAGAGAGUGGUAGGGCGACACUGAGCCCUGGCGGAUCCUCAUAUGAAACACUCACAAGAGUUGUUGAAUCAUGGAAAUUAGAGACUUGAACAACACCAACCUUUGAUGAUUUAAGUUAGCUUCAAUUUUCUUUCUAAAACCACUUCAAAUAUUCUUAAAUUCUCAAUAAAUAGGAAUCCAAUCCCUGACCUUCUCUCCAAAGAGUAUAAAUUCCUAUCGAGUGGACUAACCUUAUAUUGGCUUUAAAUUCACAUCAUUACUCGGUCACAGAAUAAUCAUCUACUGUAUCUUAUUAUAUAAGAUUGUUGUCUUAUCCUAUAAGUUAUUAUUAAUAAUAAUUUUUCUCAUUUUUCA